CACCGGUUUGCCUGCUAAUGAUAACCCAGUAACACCCAGAGCAAUGUCACACCGGUUUGCCUGCACCAGGAACGCUAAGCUCCUUGUCACUUCACGGCAGUGGGUCCUGCUAGACGCUACUGGUCAGCAGUUAGAGGGCAUAGCAAGGACAGUCUGCAAACUACUGGAGGGCAGACACAAACCUAUUUACAGUAACGUUAUGGACGCUGGAGAUCACGUGGUAGUUAUAAACACUAAACAGCUAGUAGUACCAGAUAAGAAGGUACUGUGGUGGUACUCCGGCUACGCGCAAGGACACAGACACGUCUACUCCAAAGACUUCCAUAUAUUCAGACCUACUGAGUGUCUUCGUCUACAGGUUGAGUUGAAGUUACCUGAGAAGCACGCUUUACAGGAGAGGCUGGCAAGGUUACAUCUCUUUCCAGGACACAACUACCCCUACGCUGCCAAUAUUUCAAAGGUGAUGGAAGGGCCUGAUAACGUGUUUAAAUCCCUGACCGAGUAUUCAGGAGAAGAGAGAGAUAUGUUCGUGAAGGCCCCUGACUGUAGGGUAAAGAAAGCUACUCCGCUCUACGACUGGGAUGAUCUUAGCUGAGAUCACUUGUUACUGUAUCUGAGAUCACGUGUUACUGUAUCUGAGAUCACGCGUUACUGUAUCUGAGAUCACGUGUUACUGUAUCUGAGAUCACGUGUUACUGUAUCUGAGAUCACGUGUUACUGUAUCUGAGAUCUCGUGUUACUGUAUCUGAGAUCACGAGUUACUGUAUCUGAGAUCACGUGUUACUGUAUCUGAGAUCACGUGUUACUGUAUCUGAGAUCACGUGUUACUGUAUCUGAGAUCACGUGUUACUGUAUCUGAGAUCAUGCGUUACUGUAUUUAAGAUCACGUGUUACUGUAUCUGAGAUCACGUGUUACUGUAUCUGAGAUCACGUGUUACUGUAUCAGACAUGAAACUCAGUGUGAGAGUUGGAUAGAUGUUUUACGAAAUUUAUACGAGUAAUUUUAUUACUGUGCUAUUUCAAA